GAACAACAAACCUAUCGCCCAUCGAUAGACAGAACGCCGCCGCAUAAACUGCCAAUAAGUGGUUAAAUAAAAAUUGUUUAAAAAAGUGCAAUUACUUGAUGGUAUUCUGAUUUCAUUUGUGAUAAUUUAAAGAGUGAUACAAGAAGGUGAAGCAAUUCAAACCUCCACAAAAGAUAUACAUAUACACAAAGCGCGCGCAGGGUUGCAUGUCUCGGAUAGUCGUCGCCUCAGUCGCACACACACACACGAAACGCGAGAGAAAGUACCGAGCCGUUUCUGGAAAAUACAAUUCCGCCAUAUUUACCGGCAAAAUUCAAAAUAUUGACACUGCCCGAGGUGAGCGGUAACCAUUGGGCCACCGAAGUCGAGGAUUUACCCAUCGCUGGGCCAAAGGAGCGUGGCGGGCGGAGCGAGCGGUACGCAUCAUUCGCCGUCUGCCGCCGCCGCCGUCGCACAGUAAAAACCGAUAGGCCAUCGGGGCAAGGGGAACGCCAAUACCGACAAAAACAACGCGCUUGCAUAGGCACACAAACUCACAAGAAGAAGUAAAGCGCCCAUCACAAACACAUAUACAGACACACAGACGGAGCAGCCGCGAUGACAAGUCAUCAUCAUCAUCAUCACGUCGGCGUCGGUGGGAACUUCCAGCCCCAACUGCAUCAACUCCGGGCGCCAAUUGUCAAGAAUCUAUCGCUGGCAGCAGCGGCAGUACCGCUGCCCCUCCCCUCCGCGUCCUCGUCGGCGUACUUUACGCACGUUUUACCGCCAACGGCGUCCACAAUGGUCGAACAUGAUCCGUACACCGUUUUGGCUGGCGAUCCGAUGGGUGGAGAGGAAAACGAGAGCUUCCUGAUCGAGGAAAUCAUCGAUGACUAUGAUGACGAGGCUAACAUUGUAGUGGACACGGGCGAGUUUUUUGAGCACUACGAAUACUAUCCAGUGGAUCGUUUGGAUAGGCUCACCUCGGUUACGGUGGCCACGGCGGACGCACUGCCGCCGCCAAUCAUCAUGCAACAAACCAGCGACGACGAGGAAUUCAUCGAGGAGGAUGGCCUGCAGAUGACCUCCUCAUGCGAUGGAGAAGGAGAAGAAGAAGCAGAGCACGAGCAGGACGACGAGGCUUCGGCGCCGGCCAUGACAAAUGCCUUUGAAAUCGCAUCCGAGAUGCUGACCACUAUCGAGGCCACCAAUAUCAAGGAGGAACAGCUGGAGAGCGACUUCUACAUGAAGGCUACAGAUGAUUCAAACAGUUCCAAUGGCCAGCUGCAGGAUUUUAAGCUAUUCGGCAGCAGUCGCGUGGAGAGGCCCAUAGCUAAUUCCGCCUCAAAGCGUUGGAAGCAAACAAAGGUACCCAUUCGCAUUACUCAGGAUGAGUUCAACGUCACCCUGUGGUCCUCGCUCAACUCAGAGGAUGAGGACGAGGAGGAGGAGUUAGAGGAACCACCGGGCUGUGUUGCCGCUACAUCCGUGACUUCCGCCUCCGCCGUUAACCGGAGUGAAGGCUCCUCUAGCAUGCCAAAGCUUAUUAUUGACGAGCACAUGAUCAACCACGAUGUGCUAAGCGAUGGCAUUGGCAACGAGUAUGUCAUUCUGCCCGAUCCAUUUAGCGCCUCUGCAGUUACAGACGUCGAGGAGGUGGUGAACGCUUUUAUGGGCGAUGUCAAGGGCGAGGAGGACAGCCAGCCGCUAAGCGAGCAGUUCAUCUAUGCGGACCACCAGCUGGAGGAGGCCUACGGGAAUAUCGAGCUAAUCGAGAACAUGCCCAAUAAUGUGGAGUUAAUACCGGCUCCGGGACCAGGACCAGCGGGACCUGUUCCAGUGGCGCUGACAAAGGCCAAUGGCUGCGUGGCGACUGCGCAGGCGGUUUUGCCAAAACUAGUGCUACAGAAUAGUAGCACCAAUGUGCGACUGAAAAGUGCCGGUAACCAGGCGACAAAGGCGACGAAGAGGCAACUUACGGCGGCGGCUCAAGUGGCGACACCAACGCCACCACCACCGCUAGUGGCAACUAGCAAUCCGGCCCGAGCACGAACCACAAUUAUGACCAAAUCGCCGGCAACGGCUGGCAAUCCGACGGGAGCAGCUGCCGCCGCCGCAGAGGAAGAUGAGGAGCCGAAGUUCCGGUGCACUCAUCGCGGUUGCAACAAGGAGUUCCGCAAUCAUUCGGCCAUGCGUAAGCACAUGCACACGCACGGGCCGCGCGGUCAUGUCUGCAACGUCUGCGGCAAAAGCUUUGUGGAAAGCUCCAAACUGAAGCGCCACCAGUUGGUGCACACCGGCGAGAAACCCUUCGAGUGCACCUUCGAGGGCUGCGGCAAGCGCUUCUCGCUGGACUUCAAUCUGCGCACUCACGUCCGGAUACACACUGGCGAUCGACCUUACCACUGUCCCAUCGACGGCUGCUCCAAGUGCUUCGCCCAGUCAACGAACCUCAAGUCGCACAUGCUCACGCACACAAAGCCCAAGAGGAAAUGGCCCCGGGCGCCGCAGGUGAACAAUAACAACAACAACAACAAUAAUAACAACAAGACACCACUGGUGGCCAGAUACGGACGGCUAGAAUUUGGCGAGGAUCCCCGCCUGGUGUACGUCGAGCAGAACGAGGAGAUGGCGUCGGUGCUGCUGGAUGGCACGUCCCCCACAUCCUAACUAGUAGUGCGAUUGAAUGUGGGACUGGUAGUAGCCUGAGAUGAGCGGAGAGCUUCAUCCAAAAAGGCCAGGUUGUACAGUUAGUUGUAGCCAGUUUUUAUCUGUAUCUGUAACCUAACGAGCGGAACGGCAGGACGAGAUUUUCACCUGGUGAAUACGUCCCCCUGCCUGACCGCCCUCUAAGUAAAUAGUCUAAGAUCUUUCUCUAACAAAAUAGGCUUGCAGUGCAAAAGGAAGUUAGAUGGUAGCCAUUUAUUUAUUUCCUGCAUGGAAUGAAAAACCGGAUAAACAGCAGUUCUAAGAGUUUAGCUUAUAGCGUAGGCUAAGUGAGACCUCCUCCUCCAAAAAAAAAAAAAAAAAAUAACUGAACCGCGAAACCCGAAGAACUCAGCCAAACUGCCCCUUAUCAAACCCCAAAAUUGAUCUGAUCCUAACCGUGUGCGAUCUUCGCUCGAAUAACAAAACACGCUCGUUUUUUUUCUACGAUAAAAAAAGAAACAGAAAAAUACGCAAAACUAGUUCUACCAUUAAUCAGUACGCAUACACCAUAGGCUAUCUAUAUAUUUUUGUAAUGAAUUGUAACACUUAGAGCAUUGAAGAACGGAUUUAGCAAGUUCAACGUCUGUUGGCGUUCACAAAUGGAAGCACAUCAGUUAACUUGGAAUGAACAAGGGAAUACCUCUUCAAAAUUAUACAAAAUAAACCAGGAAAACAAUGCAAAA